AUGUGUGGCAUUUGCUGUUCUGUAAGCUUUUCUGUCGAACACUGCAGAAAAGAUUUGAAAGAAGAUUUACUGUAUAAUCUUAAACGCCGGGGUCCUGACAGCAGUAAACAGUUGUUCAAAUGUGAUAUGAACUACCAGUGUGUGUUUUCUGGCCAUGUCCUUCACUUGAGAGGUGUUUUGACUGCCCAGCCUGUGGAAGAUGAAAGAGGCAAUGUGUUCCUAUGGAAUGGAGAAGUCUUUAGUGGAAUAAAGGUUGAAGAAACAGAGAAUGAUACUCAAAUUAUGUUUAAUUAUCUUUCCUCUUGUAAGAGUGAAUCUGAUAUUAUGUCCCUCUUCUCAGAUGUCCAAGGUCCUUGGUCUUUUAUAUAUUAUCAAGCAUCUAGUCACAGUUUAUGGUUUGGUAGGGAUUUUUUUGGUCGCCGUAGUUUGCUUUGGCAUUUUAAUACUUUGGACAAGAGUUUCUGCCUCUCUUCAGUUGGCCCCCAGACAUCUGGAGUGGCAAAUCAGUGGCAAGAAGUUCCAGCAUCUGGAAUUUUCAGAAUUGAUCUCCAGUCUGCUGCCAUGGCCAAACAUGUAAGGUUGCAGUUGUAUCCUUGGGAAUGUAUUUCUAGGGAGAAUGCUACUGAAGAGUGUGAUAAGAGCCUGGCUCACGCUUCAGCAGCCUUGCCAACAUUUGUAUCAGUGGUGGCAAAUGAAGCCAAACUACAUCUUGGAACGCCUAUUUCUCCUUUAAAUAUGACGUUGCCGCAGGCUCCAUUGGCGACUCAUUGCAGUAGCAUUUCCAGUAUCCCACCCUCAAGAGAGACCCUUCAGGUCUCCCUUACUGAUGGACACAUGAAAGAAGUAGUUGAGAAGUUCAUUGAUGUCCUUAGUGUCGCAGUCAAGAGACGUGUCUUGUGUUUACAGAGGGAUGAAAACCCCGUACCAAAUGGAGUUUUGAAGACGGGUGAUAGGAAAGCCAAUGUUGCGAUCCUGUUUUCUGGAGGCAUCGAUUCCAUGGUUAUUGCUACCCUUGCUGAUCGUCAUAUUCCUUUAGGUGAACCAAUUGAUCUCCUGAAUGUAGCUUUCAUGACUAAAGAAAAGACCGUUCCAAGUAGCCGUAACAAAAGAACGAGUAAACAGAGAAGUCAUGAAAUGCCUUCUGAGGCGUUCUCGGAAGGUACUGCUGCCCGUGGUGCUGAUGGUCCUGAUGAGAAAUACAGUGUGCCAGACAGAGUCACAGGAAAGGCAGGACUAAAGGAGCUGCAAGCUGUUAACCCUUCUCGAAUGUGGAAUUUUGUUGAAAUUAAUGUUUCUCUGGAAGAACUGCAACAGUUAAGAAGAACUCAAAUAUGUCACUUAGUUCAGCCCCUGGAUACGGUUUUGGAUGAUAGCAUUGGCUGUGCAGUCUGGUUUGCUUCCAGAGGAACUGGCAGGCUAGUGACUCAGCAUGAAGUGAAGUCCUAUCAGAGCAGUGCAAAGGUAGUUCUCACUGGAAUUGGUGCAGAUGAGCAACUUGCAGGUUAUUCCCGUCAUCGUGUUCGCUUCCAGACACAUGGGCCAGAAGGACUGAAUAAGGAAAUAGCGAUGGAACUGGGUCGAAUUUCUUCUAGAAAUCUUGGUCGUGAUGACAGAGUAAUUGGUGAUCAUGGAAAAGAAGCAAGAUUUCCCUUCCUGGAUGAAAAUGUUGUCUCCUUUCUAAAUUCCCUACCCAUCUGGGAAAAGGUAAACCUGACUCUACCCCGAGGAAUUGGUGAGAAACUAAUUUUACGUCUGGCAGCUGUGGAACUCGGCCUUACAGCCUCUGCUCUCCUGCCAAAGCGGGCCAUGCAGUUUGGAUCCAGAAUUGCAAAAAUGGAAAACAGUAAUGAAAAGGCAUCUGAUAAGUGUGGAAGGCUCCAAAUUAUUUCCUUAGAAAACCUUUCUUUUGAAAAGGAAGUUGAAUCCUAAUAUGAUUUCAGAAUGUUAACAGUAUUUACUGAAUGACAGUUAUGUAAAAAUAAAAUAUCUAGCUGCUUUA